UGUGAUAAAGUUGCAUUUCUUUGUGUUUUCAGGCAAAAUUCUUCAGUCAGACGGAUAUAGAUAAGUUCAAGGAAUGUUUCUUCUUCCAUGCCAGGAGGGGUCACAUUGCCAAUGAACAGGAACUGUCCCUCGUAAUGAGGUCCCUGGGGUACAGCCCCACCCCUCAGGAGGUUUCCAAGUACUUUAAGAAGUAUACCAAAGACAAUAAAAUAGAAUUUGCUUCCUUCCUUGAGGCGAUGCAUGAUCAUACCAGUGUAGAAAAUCCUGAGAAAGAAUUAUUGGAUGCUUUCAAGUCACAUGACACAGAGAGGCGGGGCUACGUCAAUUCUGCAGAGGUUCAACAUAUCAUGAUGAACAUGGGAGAAAAACUGAGUAGACAGGAAGUUGAUGCCUUGUUCCGAGAGGUUGGAAUCCAACAUGGAGGACAGAUUCGUUACAAUGACUUUGUGAAAUCAUUACUUACCCCAGUUCCUGAUUAUUGAUUUUUUACAGUUAAUAUCUUGUAAACAUGUGUAAAGAUCAACUUUUGCUGCAUGUACAUUACAAUGGCUUUUACAGGAACACAUGCUCAUGUAAAAUGUGUCACCAAAGAAAACAUAUAUUAAUUUAAUGUUCAUUACUAUACCAGUAUACUGUAUACAUGUAUUUUGAAUAAUUUGUGGGAUCCAUUAAUGGCAUUUAACAUCUUGUAAAGACUUUUGCUUCGUUACUGUAACAAUGGUUUUACAGGUACACAUGAUCUUGUGAAGACUUUUGCUUCAUUAUAAUGGUUUUACAGGAACACAUGCUCUUGUUAAAUGAUAUUUAAUUAAUGUCGUUCAAUGCUACUUCAUUAACUGUAUAUUUUAAUUAAUUUGGGAGCUCUGGAUGGCAGGUUUUUUUUCUUCAUUUUAUUCUGGUAGUACAGUACAUGCAGUAUGCAAUUUGCAAUUUGAUACAUGUUUCAAAAUGAAUGCUAAAAUAUUUGACAUUUUGUCAUCAAAAUAAACGAAAUAAUACCUAGUACAUGUAUAUUAUAUAUAUCAUGAAUAUGUUUUGGUUUUUGGUUUAGGAAAUACAUGUAUUUGCAAUUUUUAUUUGUUUGAAUUAUAGGGGGGAUUUAUUACAGUUUCUAAUAUAUAAAAGCUGUCAGUGCUUUACUAGAGCUGUUUUGUUACUCCUUAUAAAUUGUAUACAUGUAUUAAUAUAUAAAGAUGCAUUCCAUUCUCUA